AAAUCGCGAGAGGAAGAGAAAAGUGCGGAAGGAAGUUUUACAAAGAGUGCAGAGAGCGUAGGGCAGUGCCGUGAAAAUCGCUUAAUUCGCCUUGGCGGAGGAAAAACCAGGUCAGGAUUCACCCACAUCCCACUGUGAAGUGCCCAGCCAGAGUAUUCCACAACUCCCGCGGUCUUUUCCACGGAAUUAAGAGCGGAAAAGCCAAUUCGCAGCCAGCAGCAAAAUCGCCAAUCAAGGGCGCAAGAAGAAGAGGCAACUACAAAGUGCAAGUGCUGGUCGAGAAACUACAUGCCACUGGAAACUGAAGCUCGGAAAGACCUCGAACUUAUGAAUUAGCAGCAUGUCGGCCUACAAUCCGAACUUCGUGCCUCCCGCCCACGCUCCCAUGCCCCUGAACGGCAACAAUCCGGUGAAUGGCCAGCCAGGCCCGCAGUAUCUGCCGCAGAAGCAGCCACAACAACAGUUCCAGCAGCCUCCUCCUCCGGCAGCAGCAGGUUAUCAGGGAGCAGGAGCACCGGGCAACCUGCCACCGCCGCCGCAGUUCAACAGCGGCAUUGCGAGCCAGUUCCUGCCGCCCACGUCGGCAGCAGCUCCUCCUGUGCAGCAACUGCCGCCCAACACGCUGCCUCCCCACAUGCGUCCGCCCACCGUCAACGGGCCACCGCUCACCAACGGCAGCAAUGGGGCGUCUAGCGCCAACUCCUCACGCACUGCCUCGCCCAGGCCAGCUGGAUUGGCUCCUCAGUAUGCCCAGGGACCAAUCGGCGCAGCGCUAAACCAUCCGCCAGCGGCGUCAGGACUGCGACCUUCACCCCAACCGCGAGCAUCCCUGGCCAACUUGUCGAGCAAUCUGGAAAAUCUGAAUUUGAAUCCCAACCGGACGAAUGGAGGUGCUAGCGUCGCACCACCGCCCCAGCAACAGUUCCCGCCGCUGGCCCAGAAGGACUACAGGGGCGUGGCUACGGCGCCAACGGGUCCUCCGCAAUUCAGCGAUGCCAACAGCUUGUUGGCGGCCAGCGGCGUGGCUCCAACAGUUCCCAAUGCCAUGCCGACCCCGUUUAGUGGCCAGAAGCCGCCCAACUUGGCCCCGCAUCCAGCCAAGAUGUUCGGAAGUGGAGCUGGGCCCGUCAGACCAGCGCCACCGCCAGCGGGACAGAGAAUCCCCUACGGAGUGCCUCCUCCGGCUAAUUCCGAGCAGCAGAACCAGCAGAACAACAACCUCCAGAGGGCAGCGCCGCCGCCAGGAGCCUGGCCACCCAAUCCGGCUAAGGCAGCGCAACCCGUAGGGCCUCCGCCGCAGCAGCAUCCCUACUCCCAGGCGUAUCCGCCAGCCCCACAACAACAACCACCUCCCCCUCAGUCUGCAGUGCAGCCACCGCCGCCGGGAAUGUUUGGAGCACAGCCAACGGGAGCUCCACUGCAGUAUCAGGCCCAGGCGCCUCCGCAGGCCUAUGGACAACAGCCGCCCCAGCAGCCACCGCAGGCCACUGCUCCGCUAAAUGUUGCCCAGCAGGGCUUCAGUAGGUUGUGGGGUCAGGACACCAUCGACCUGAUGCAGAAUCGGCACAUCUUGUCGCCGGCCACGCUGGCGCCCCCGAAGGUGGUGCUGCACAACCAGUUCCAUGAGUCCAUCAACUGCAGCCCGAGCAUCAUGCGCUGCACGCUAACGAAGAUCCCCGAGAGCAACUCUCUGCUGCAAAAGUCACGGCUGCCGCUGGGCAUAGUGAUACAUCCGUUCCGCGAUGUCAACAGCCUGCCUGUAAUUCAGUGCAUCAACAUUGUGCGCUGCCGCUUGUGCCGCACUUACAUCAAUCCCUUCGUUUACUUCGUGGACAGCAAAAUGUGGAAGUGCAAUCUGUGCUAUCGGGUCAACGAAUUGCCCGAUGACUUCCAAUUUGAUCCGGCCACCAAGACAUACGGAGACGUAACCCGGCGGCCUGAGGUGCGCUCCAGCACCAUCGAGUUCAUUGCUCCCUCGGAGUACAUGUUGCGUCCGCCGCAGCCGGCCAUGUACCUGUUCCUCUUCGACGUCUCGAUCAUCGCGCAGCAGAGCGGCUACUUGGAGGCCGCCUGCUCCGUGCUCAACCGUCACCUGGACGAGAUGCCCGGCGACGCGCGCACCCAGGUGGGAUUCAUCUGCUUCGACAGCUUCGUGCACUUCUACAGCAUGGCUGAGGGGCUCAAUCAGCCGCACGAGAUGACGCUGCUGGACAUCGAAGACCCCUUCUUGCCGCGUCCCGACAGUCUGCUGGUGAACCUGAAGGAGUGCAAGGAGCUGGUGCGGGAUCUGCUGAAGCAGCUGCCCAAGCGGUUUGCCCACACCCACGAUCCGGGUUCCGCCCUGGGAGCUGCCCUUCAGGUGGCUUUCAAGCUAAUGCAAGCGUCCGGCGGCCGCAUCACCGUCUUUCAAUCGUGCCUUCCCAACAAGGGGCCCGGCUCCCUGGAGCCGCGGGAGGAUCCCAACAACCGCUCGGCCAAGGACGUGGCCCACCUGAAUCCGGCCACCGACUUCUACAAGCGCUUCGCAUUGGAGUGCUCCGGCUAUCAGAUAGCCUGCGACCUCUUCCUGAUGAACCAGCAGUACAGCGACAUGGCAACCAUCUCUGGCAUCAGCAAGCACAGCGGCGGCUGCGUUCACCACUUCCCGCUCUAUCAGAAGACCAAGCCGCACAUGGUGGAGUCGUUCCGCACGUGCUUCAAGCGCUAUCUGACCCGAAAGAUUGGCUUCGAGGCGGUGAUGCGCAUCCGCUGCACUCGCGGCCUGCAAGUGCACACAUUCCACGGCAACUUCUUUGUGCGCUCCACGGACCUGCUGUCGCUGCCGAACGUGAAUCCGGAUGCGGGAUAUGGCAUGCAGAUUUCCUACGACGAGAGCCUCACGGACGUCAAGACCAUCUGCUUCCAGGCGGCGCUGCUCUACACGAACAGCGAGGGUGAGCGUCGGAUCCGAGUGCAUACAGUGUGCUUGCCGGUAACUGCCUCGCUGCCUGAGGUCAUGCACUCGGCGGACACGGAGGCAAUUAUCGGGCUGCUGUCCAAGAUGGCCGUAGACCGUUCGGUGGCCUCCAACUUGUCGGACGCCCGUGACGCCUUCAUCAACGCCACGAUCGACGUGUACAACGCUUUCAAGAUAGCACAAAAUCUGCCCUCUGGUCAGUCGGGUCAGUUGAUAGCUCCGCGCAGCCUCGCCCUGCUGCCGCUUUACAUCCUGGGACUGCUGAAGCACCCUGCCUUCCGUGUGGGCACCAGUACACGACUAGAUGAUCGCGUCUUCGCCAUGGACUGCAUGAAGACGUUGCCGCUCGACCAGCUGAUGAAGUACGUCUACCCGGAGCUGUACAAGAUCGAUUCGCUCAUCUACCACGCCCGCAACUCGAACGCGACUUCGACACAGGACGACGACGAGGAGGAGGACGAACCGCUGCCGGAGUUGCCGCGCCUGCAACUGUCCGCGGAACAUCUGGACUCGCGGUCGAUGUUCCUGAUGGAUUGCGGCACUCUGAUAAUGCUCUAUGUCGGACUAAAUGUGCCACCCGAUGUUUUGGAAGCUGUGCUGGGCAUCAGCUCCACUGCAGAGCUGGGUGACUAUGUAUACGGAUUGCCAAAUGUUGUGAGCAACGAGAACGAUGUGCUGAAGCGCUUUAUUUUGCGACUCAACUACGAUAAGCCCUACUCGGCGCUGGUGCAGAUAAUUAGGGACACGAGUACGGCCAAGGGCCAGUUCAUCGAGAGAUUAACCGACGAUCGCAGUGAAUCUAGUUUGUCAUACUAUGAAUUUUUGCAACACAUUCGGGCUCAGGUUAAAUAGUACAUAAGCAGGAAAUCCUACAACUAUUGUAUGCAACAAAAAUACGAGUUUCUUAGAACCUAAAAACUCGGACUCUGGUGACUAAAAGCGAGAAGCGAAUGCAGGCGAAACUGGCGCAACACAAUGGAGACCCACAUCGACUCGAUCCCCCUUUGCCCCUCCCCUUACCCACUCUCUCGGCUUAGGUAAUAUUAAAGUGCAUGUAUUUAUUUAUUUGUUGAUUUGUUGCACUAAAAAUAAAAUUAAAUCAAUUAAAGAACAUAGUAAAUGCGAGAGAGCCAACUUGUCACAACUGUUACUAGAUAUCGUUGCCAGUUCGAUUUAGGCGAACAUUAGUCAAAAGUCCAGCUAACCAGUCAGUAAAGCUCCCCUGCAGGCCGAUUGCACUGUUAUUUAUUAUAGAUAUUUUAUGCAAUAAACCGUCGAAACUGUUGUAAAUUAUAAUUUAACGCGAUUUUCGUUCGUUCCAACUGCUUCUAACAUUCUGCAAACUCUCAGACCCACAAAUUGUUAUCGCUUAUCCCAUUUGUUUGCUGUUUUCAGUAGUAUUUAUUUCCCGGAAUCCAGAGAAGUCUAUUUAUUUAUAAGUCGAAGGAAAGGCGCUUUGUUGCACUGUAGUUAGCGAACUUAUUUCAAACGAAUGUACGAAGAAAAUUUGGUAUUGUGUAUUGCAUUGAUUGGACUGCUAGGAAGUGAAUGUCUUAAGCUUAGAAGGAAUAUUAUACUGUAUCAAUAAAGAGACCCCAAUCCUGUACCCCAGGUUGUCGUUCUUUGCGUGGGCUAACUAAUCGAAACCAUAUACAUAUAUUGUACUAUACUUUAUACACAUACGAGUACAUCAAGAUAUAAAGCAAAAUAAAUUUUAAUUAAAUCAUAA